AAGGGCAACAGGCCCACCCUUUUGGGCAGAAAUUGGUUGAAGCACCUAAAGCUGAAUUGGGCUAAAAUAUUUACUAUCAAACAAACUGAAGCUGCCUUUCACAAAAAUCUGGAACAGAUCCUGAGUAAACAUGACUCCCUCUUUAAGGAAGAAUUUGGCAGUAUUAAGGGGCUAAAGGCAACUAUCACUGUAAAUUCAGAUGCAAAGCCCAUUUUUCAUAAGCCACGUCCCUUGCCAUAUGCUCUUAAAGAACCUGUGGAGAAAGAACUAGAAAGAAUGGAACAUUAUGGUAUUGUGUCACCUGUCAAAUACAGCAGCUGGGCUGCCCCAAUUGUAGUGGUCCCCAAAAAGGACAAAACUAUUAGACUUUGUGGUGACUACAAGGUCACUGUCAAUCGCUGUAUUGAACCAGAACCCUACCCACUACCAAAUGUAGAGGACUUGUUUGCUACACUUGCUGGAGGUAAAUACUUUAGCAAAAUUGAUUUAUCUAAUGCCUAUCAACAGCUAGAGCUGGAUCCGGAUUCAAAGCCAUUUCUUACCAUCAACACACACAAGGGGUUGUUCCAAUACCAGCGCUUACCAUUUGGAGUAUCUACAGCUCCAGCAAUCUUUCAGCAUGCAAUGGAUCAGAUUCUUCAAGGAAUUGAUCAUGUGGUCUGUUUUCUGGAUGACAUUUUAAUUACAGGUUCAACUGUUGAAAAGCACUUGGCACUGUUAGACAAGGUGUUAUCAAAAUUAAAAGCAUCUGGGGUGCGAGUAAAAUUGUCCAAGUGUCACUUCCUCCAGGAGUCUGUAGAAUACUUAGGAUACCGUAUAGAUGCACAAGGUCUUCACCCAACAGAAACAAAGUUAACUGCUAUUGUUAAUGCACCUUCACCUUCAAAUGUGUCUGAACUACGCUCCUUCUUAGGACUGCUAAAUUACUAUGGACGGUUCCUUCCAAAUCUGUCAACAUUAUUGCAACCCUUACAUGAACUUUUGCAGAAAGAUACCAAGUGGGCUUGGUCAGCCGAGUGUGAAAAAGCAUUUCAGGAUGCAAAGCAAAGACUAACCAACAGCAAGUGGCUAGCACACUAUGACCCUAGUAAGCCACUCAGAUUAGCAUGUGAUGCCUCACCCUACGGAGUUGGAGCAGUUAUAUCACAUAUACUGCCUAAUGGAGAAGAACAUCCAAUUGCUUUUGCGUCUAGAACCCUAACACAAACAGAGCGCAACUAUGCUCAAAUAGAGCGGGAGGCACUAAGUAUUAUUUUUGGAGUAAAAAAAUUUCAUAAAUAUCUUUAUGGAAGGAAGUUUUCACUGGUCACUGAUCACAAACCACUUCUGGCCAUUCUUGGGCCAAAAUCAGCAAUUCCAACAUUGGCAGCACUUCGAAUGCAACGGUGGGCACUACUCCUAUUGGCAUAUGACUAUGAUAUUAUAUAUAGACGUUCUCAGGAUCAUGGGAAUGCAGAUGCUCUAUCACGGCUUCCGUGCCCAUAUACAACAGAUGUCCAUGACGAAAGUGUCAUUUUUCAAGUUUCAUUUGCAGAGGAACUACCUAUUUCUUGCAAAGAUAUUGCAGCUGCAACAAGUCGUGAUCCUCUUCUGGCAAAGGUGUGGGACUUUACUUCCAAAGGCUGGCCGAACUACAACUCUGACAAAAUCCUUAAGCCAUAUUUUGAAAAGAGAGAUGAGCUUUCCAUAGAUCAAGGUUGUUUACUGUGGGGGAUACGGGUUGUCAUUCCCCCAAAAUAUCGUCAGAGGCUCUUGCAUGAACUUCACGAAGGCCAUCCAGGUGUAAACAGAAUGAAAGCACGAGCUCGUGGUUACCUGUGGUGGCCAGGCCUGGAUCAAGAUAUAGGAAUUUUUGUAAGUCAGUGUACUGCUUGUGCUUCUGUACAAAAUCAGCCACCCACUGCACCCCUUCACCCAUGGACAUGGGCCACAUCGCCGUGGGAAAGGAUCCAUAUUGACUAUGCUGAAAUAAACCAGCAAACAUUUCUUGUGGUUAUCGACAGCUAUUCCAAGUGGUUGGAGGUGUUACCCACUAAAACGAGUACAAGCGAGAAAACGAUUACCUUGCUGCGUAAUUUGUUUGCAUCCUAUGGUCUGCCAAAGGAAUUGGUUUCGGAUAAUGGACCUCAGUUCACAUCUCAGGAAUUCCAGUACUUCUUGCAACAAAAUGGUAUCAGGCACAAAUUGACCCCACCUUAUCACCCAGCUUCAAAUGGUGCUGCUGAACGGGCUGUUCAGACAUUUAAAAAAGCUUGGAUGAAACACUCAGUAGCCAGUGAGUCCGCUCGCACUACAGGAGAGUUGAGACUUUGUCGAUUUCUGUUUAAUUAUAGGAAUACUCCACAUUCAGUCACUGAAAGUACCCCAGCGGAACUGUUUUUAAAGAGGCACCUCCGAAGCAGGUUGGAUUUGCUUAAACCCUCUUUAGCUGAUACAGUGGAGAAACAUCAGAAGCAACAAGUCAGAGCACAUAAUAGCUCCAGACAAAGAAACAAAGACUUUUACCCAGGUGAUAAGGUUUUGGUUCGAGACUUCCGCCACUCAGGGCGCCUUUGGUCUCCAGGGACCAUUUACCAUAGAAGGGGUCCCCUGACGUACGAGGUUCAAAUUGGUAACCGUCACAUUCAUGUCCAUGUGGAGCAUCUGGUUCCAGAUAAGAGUGUGUCACCCGUACCUCCUUCAUUUUCUACCAUUGACUUUCAAGUACCUGUAGUGCCCUCACAGGAAUUACCAGAUGCCAACAAUCCAUCUAAUCCAACCAGUGCUACAGCCUCUGAGGGUGAACGGAGGUAUCCGAUACGAGCACGCAAGCCUCCUGACAGACUGGACUUAUAAUGCCACUAUGUUAUGGU